CCAUCCAUUGCUGUGCAGCAUGCAAUAUUUUGUUUCAGAUAAAUAAAAACAACAAAACAAACCACUAAUAUCGACGGUGUUUGAUCUAUUGGAGUUGCGUUUGUUUUUGUAGACGAUUUUCUCCAUGACCAUGGUGACUCGGGGGCAACAGAAAGACAACGACAGGAGGGUCCACCCAUUGCUUCGUCAGCUGAAUAUAUUCUGCGGUGAAAAAACGAGUUCGGGAGGAAACAAAACAGAAGAAACUGUGAACUCUUUCGAUCUGCUAACUUAUCUUUUGAACAAUGGCAGUGUUUCGGAAGAUAUCGUGAGAAACGCAGUUCAGGACAUUCGUGGGAAACAAAACACAACUAAAGUUGAUGGCAUUAAAAUCACCGCAACAAGUGGGGGCAACCCAAUUGAGACUACGAAAGGUGAAGUCUCCAAAAGGAAUUCUGCUCUCGUUCCUACCGCUCUUAAUUCAAGUGACAAUAGUCGCACUCGACAUAUAGCUCUACGCUUCUUUUACGAUGGGGCGAAGUAUUCUGGUCUUGCACAAAAUAUUGGCCAAGAAAAUGACAAUUCAGUGGAGCGUUGCAUUUUUGACGCUCUGCUCAAGGCUCGACUGAUAACUUCGAGAGAAACAAGCAACUAUUCUCGAUGUGGAAGGACCGACCGGGGAGUGAGUGCGGCCGGACAAGUUGUGGCUCUCCAUUUAAAGAGUGCCUUUCCGAAGAAUGCUUCAUCGGACGAGAACGGCACCUCGCUCCUAGAAGAAAGCGACUUACCAAAAAAUGAAUACGAAUCAAAGAAUGUUUGGACAAUUCCUAGACCCAAGAAAAGAGGAAAAUCUGGUAAAGGAAAGGAUGAGACGAAAGGCGAUUCUGCGACGACGGAAUCCAGAAAUCGAGUGAAUAGAGACUUGAAGGAGUAUUCCUAUGCAAAAAUUCUCAACAACAUUUUACCACUUUCCAUUCGUAUUUUGGGCUGGACACCCGUGACGGAAGAUUUUUCGGCUCGAUUUUCGGCAGGUUCGCGAACCUAUCGUUACUUUUUUUGCAAACGACGAAUGAACAUGGAGGCCAUUGGAGAUGGACUGAACCGAUUGGUCGGGAAACACGAUUUCCGAAACCUAUGUAAAAUGGAUGUAGAAAAAGUUUACAACUUUGAACGACUCAUACACUCUGCCGAAGUAGUACAGGUGGAAGAUCAGGGGGGAAACGGAGACGUGUGCUACCUGAAAAUUGUCGGGCAGGCAUUCCUAUGGCACCAAAUACGCUGUAUUGCGGAGGUAAUAUUCAUGAUAGGCAAUGAAUUUGAAUCGCCAUCUAUCAUUUCAGAGCUCUUAGAUGUCAAAAAGCACCCUGGGAAACCUAGCUACUCUCUCGCGGAUGAAAAACCAUUGGUGUUACAUGACUGCAUGUUUCCGAACCUCCAAUUUGGGUACUCCAUUCAAAAUUUAUGGACAGUCUCUUGUCAGCUAGAAAAGCAAUGGGAAGAUCUCACUCUGGCAGCUGCUCGUCUCCGUAGCGGUAUCGAAAGUCUUCAUUCUUGUUCAGUUUUAAAGAACGAUCUGACGUCAUUUGCCGACUUGAAACUGACAGAAAUAAGAAAAAAACUUCAACGAAGGGGAAUUCGUCGACCCCCAGACCUACAUAUUCAGGGCACUGAUGAUGUAUCGGCAUUGCGCGCAAUUACCUCUUGGGCCGACGCUCUUUCUUGGCUAGAGAAACGCAACAUCGUUCCGAGCCCAAGUGGCUUAACGAACACAGUGCAUGUUCCCUUGAUGCAACGAUCAAUGGGUCCUUCGUACGAAGAAAAGGUUGCAAAUCUACAAAAAUCAGAAAAGCGUCGAAUGAAGUAUGAAGAAAACAUAAUAAAGAAGCGAAAGACAGCGGAAGAAGAUAAAGCAUUUUAUGACCACAAAAUAAAGCAGGGUGGAACUGGAAUAUAGCUUGCUUCUAUUCUUCUCGAGAAACAAAAAAAGAUGCUUACACUGGAAUGCAAGCAGCGAAGAAAUGUUUUACAACUCAUCACAAUGACUUGUUUUGCAAGCACUUGCAAUAGAUCAUAAUCUUGGAC